CAAGGUGAAGUCGGCAGCUCCAAUGUUGAUCGUGGUCACGGAAAACGUGCAGUUUCCAAGCAUAAAGCGUUUAAACAACUAACAUCUUGUAUUUGGUGAUUGAUCCAAAACCCUGCACGUAUUCAUGCGUUCUGAUUAUUGAUGCAUCCCCAAUUGCCUUCUGUACUGCUACGAGGGCUUCACGUACAGAUCACUAGGUCACAUUGAGCACCAGAGUGUAGAAAAAGAUGCGACUGUAGGGCUCAGUUGCGUUGCACAAGUAGCUCGUAAGUGAAUGCAACCUUCAGCUCUCUGUGCAGAUUGUGUAAGGGGUUGAAGGGUCCGAGUUUCUAUGUUCCACGAUUGCUCGGCAUAAAUCAAAUCAGCACGUCCGAACGAGCCCUGUAAGUCCACUUGUAGGUUCCGCGAUGAGCAAGGUUUGCUGUCACCACGGCGAAGUUAUUUUGUUCAAUCGCAACAGCACGAAUUCGGGAUAGGGGUCAUGACGAAGACGUGCAUAUGGAGAAACAGGGGAAUCAGGAUGGAAACACCCAGACGUGAACCUGAAACGAAACAUGAAAAGUUCGGUAUAAUGGUGGUGUGAAACCACUAAGCAUACAAGCUUCCGAAAUGACGUGAUUGCUCGAAGAGAUUUGCAUUUCAUGGUUACUAUUGUGGAGAAUGUGAUAGAAGUGGGAACGUCUUCAGGUCAUCCGAGCAAUUUUGAAUCCAACCACUGAAUUCCCUUACACCAAAUUCCGUCGAAGUUCAAUUCGAGUUAACACAGGAAAGCGCACCCCACGUCCCACGCAAGCAGUCCUGGGGUUAGGGCAGAUUUGGGAGAUGGUAAUGAAUUGCGUGAGGUUCAUUCCCCCAUGUUCUGAUACAUUCUGCGUCGAUCUUAGAUUUCGUUUCGUCUUCGACGCUGUUUUUAUCACAAUAACUCCAAGGGCUCGUGGCGUACAGCAAUACAAAUAGUUUAGUCUUCCACCAAACGAUCUAUUCAAUACUGUCGAGAAUAGUUCCUAGUUGCUGCGUUGUUUACGCGUGGCUCACGAUUCCAUCCCAACAUCCAGUCAGAUAAAGACACAUCAAUUAGGUGUGGUUUGGUCACGAGGAAUAAACUUGAGCUUAUUGUAAGCUCUGACAUCAUCAGAUUGAUUGCGGAGGAGAGAAAAAAUGGGCCCGAAGAAAAAGCCACAAAAGGGAAACCAACAGGGAGGACCAGUCAAGAUGACAAGAAAGGAAAAGGCUUUAGCGAAGAAAAUUGAAAGAGAAAGAUGGAGGGAAGUCGCGCGCAGGAUGGAGCAAGAGCGACUGCAGAAAGAAGUCGAGGCUGUUGCUAAGGCCAAGGAGGAGGCAAGGAUUGCAAAAGAAACUCAUGAUGCAUGGGUGAAGGCAGAAGAAGAUCGUUUGACUGCUGAAAGGAAUAGUAUGAAGGAGUUUUACGACUGGCGGAAGGCAGAGAUCAUCCGCAUUGAAGCUGAGGCUAAGGAGGCUUCAGACGUACGUUCACACCCGUAAGUGGUGCAGAAGUUUUGAGUGGAAAGCUAAAAUUUGACUGUCCUAUAGUCGAAACCUCGAUGUGUACUCUGAACUGAAAACUUCUUUGAGUUGUAGUUUUUCUGCUGCAGCGUAUAAUCUCUUGACUAUUCUUCGUUCAACACUUUACUUCUCUCUGUGGACCGCAUAUAGUCAUACAUGUGCUCUGCGUUUUACAAGUGAGAUAUUUUUGUCUGAGGAUGUUAUACAGUGGAAAAGGUAUCUGGAAAGCUCCAGACUACCGCAUGCAUCAAACGAAGCAGCUCUCAACACAUUCUUGGACGUAAUGAGGGAGACCUUUGACCAAGAGCUCGAACCUCUGAUGGAAACUUUGAUCGACAUUUUUAUGGUAAGAUUAUGCCUCUCCUGCGAGGCUAAAUUGCGGCUGAGGUUUCAACGUGGGGCAAAAGAUUCCUCAAACGGCGGGAUCAUCAACCGUCCAUACAUAUGCCAAGUAUUCCUCUUAAUUCCAUGCAGGUUGCAACUGGAGCAGAAGAAAUUUGCUUGACACGAGAACAGAAGGGAGAUGCUGAAGGAGUUGCAAUGUAAAUCCCUCCCUAGAUUCUUCUAGAGCUUUGGCAACAAAAUUCGCAUGAAUUCAGAGCUUGAAUGAUUGCUGGACAGUGGAUGCCAGUAGUGAACCUCUAAUUUUCUUUCAAGUUAGCUCUUCUUUAAUAAUUUACUCUUUAGUCUUCGUAUCUGCAAUGUUUCGGCCCAUGUCAGACCUCUUCUGUCAAGCUUAUCACACCUCACUGCCGGCAUCAACACACAGUUAUUGAGAAGGCAUGGUAAGGUGGUGCACGUCAAGGAACAUAAAGUCAGAAUGUGAUUUCCGUAAAGUUACCAGCUCUAGGUCAACCUAGGAGCAAAAUGAGAACCUUUCUUACGCCUGACGAAAGUAUGCUUAUGGAUCCCGAACUUCAGAUAUAGAAGCUACAUGCAAAGAUUGUAUGAUCUUGCGGACUGGCGCCUUGAUCAAACCACAGCCUAUCUACUCCACAGAUCACACGAAUAUUGGAGGGAUAAACAACAAAAUAUCUUUUGUGCUAAAGCCCAGAAUUGGAAGCUGGCAUUUUGGAUCAAUCAUCCAAAGAACCCACGGUUUCGAAUGUUGGAUCUUCCAGAAGUGGACGUAGCAAUGAACCUGCCAAAACAGUUUGCUCUCGCUAAUGUUGCAAUCCGCUUGCAGCACAGGAUGGCAGAUCCUAUUACCAAGUCAAAGAACUCAUACAUGGCAAUUGGCGGAACGUUUGUGAUAGACGUUCUUGGAAUACCACCUCCUUCUAAAAUAGUGAAGAAUUGGACCCUUGACCAAGUGUCUUCGACUCUCUCUUCUCUUAUUAGGAUUGGGUACCCAAUACCUGUCAUUGGACAAGCAACACCUGCUCCAGGCGCCGUGUUACCUAUUGGCGUCGUUUUCUUUCUACCAGACUACAUCAUACAUUUGAAUGCGAAUCCAGAGGUUGGUUGGUGGGAUGAGGAAGAAGAAAUUUGGCAAACAGAUGGAGUUACCGACAUACUGUACGAAGCAGAUUCACGGAAAGUGUCCAUUCAGACCACCAAAGCCAAAACUUUGGCUGUGAUCCAUAACCGAGUAAGACAGUUUCCAUAUUUGUCUUGGAACAUCCGACCCAUCUCUGAGCAAGGAGCUGUGAUGACUUUAGUCACCCCGCUGUUGACUUUCACUAUCGAAAUUGGAAUCGGCUGGUGCAAACUCUUAGCACCUGUAUUUUCAGAAUGCACGUCUUUUGCAGCAGAAGAGGUUCCACCAAAAGUUAUGUUGAAGAGGUUCUCCAAGUGCGGAAUUCAUUUGUUGCCCAGUGAUGAUGAUGCUGAACACAUAAAGGCCACAGUGAAGGAUGGAGAGCUGGAGAGGUUCACUUGCCUGGACAUGGCAUUCGCGGCCCCGGCAUUCACUAUAGCAAGCAGCAAGUGGAAUAUUUCCCUUGACAAAGAUCACUGUCUAGUUCGGCUUUUGGAAGUACCUGACCCUGUUGCUCCUCCCACUCUUGAAAAGAGCAAAGUGGUCAAAACUUUAAACUACACCAUCAAAGGGAGUGCUCUUGCUGAGCUAUCCGAAAAGGCAGACUCUUACUCCGAGGUUUUACUUACUGAGCAUCAUGCCAGCUUGCUUCUAGCCUUGAAGGGCAAUGUUCUGGACGAGUCCUUACAGAAAGUGGAGAAGGGAAAUGCUGCUUUUACUGAAUGUGUGAAGGACCUUGCAUACGCUUUAAGACUUUUCAGUUUUGGACCUUAAGCAUUCAUCAGGUUCAAUGUCUGUUUUCGCUCAUGCAGGGUGGCAAAAAAAUUUUGAGGCAUGAGCCAGGCCUUCAGUUCCCAGUAGACUUCCCUAGAGGCCGUGGGAUUACAGGUGAUCUCGCUUAUAUGUUCGGAAAAAUCAACCGCGUACUCUGCGGAGGACUGAAACUGUUUUCAAAAAGGAAACAUCUGAAGCAGAAGUACACAACUUUCUUCCCAUAAUGUUCAGAUUGAAGUCGGAAACAGGUGACGAGCGUGAGAAGUUGGAAAAUUUCGUCUUUGUGUUGCUCAAGUAGCAUAUGGAAAUGAUUGGUGUUAUCAUCUACGUUUCAGUGUGAUAACACUCCUGGAACAGAGCUUUUGGGGCAUCAGUCGGUGCCGUUGUUGCUCAACACGAAACGAACAUCAAUUUAAACAGCUCUUUCUUUUCCUAGCCUCCACUGUUGAGGUUGUACCACUUGUGCAUAGUACUUGGAUACGGGGAUAGUAAUUAUUACUUUUUAGACAUCUGGAGAAUGUUGGAUUUGACAUAUAUGGAAUCUCUUCAAAGAAAAAUGUCUAACUUACAAAGUAAUCAUAUGCAGAGAUAUGCUCCAUAUUGAUUUAUCUUUAUCUAAAAAACAAACCCUUGUAUGUAAUCCAACGAUUUUUUAUGAAGGAAUCGUGUUGGC